CUUUCACGGCUUUGUUGGUGUCAUUGUUCCUUGCUAAUUUUUAUCAAUUAUUAAGAAGCAAUUAAAGACAGUAUAUAUUUGUCCUUUUUAAAGUAAGCAUAAAAACAGAAAUGUGAGGAUAUUUGCAGUCCUGUGAGUUUGGAACCUUGUCUAGCGGUGAGUUCCAAUGGAGGACAUUCUAGGUCUUAUCAGACUUCGUAUCAAAAGAGCCACAAAUCUCAUACCUCGCGAUUCUCGUACCAGUGACCCAUAUGUUCUUAUCACCAUGGCAGAACAGACACUGAAGACUGGUGUUGUGAAAGAUAACUGCAAUCCUGAAUGGAAGGAAGAAUUGACACUUUAUGUUAAGGAUAUUAACACACCAAUAAACCUGACAGUUUGCGACAAAGACACUUUCACUGUGGACGACAAAAUGGGCGAUGCUGACAUAGACAUUAAACCAUAUCUUCAGUGUGUGAAGAUGGGUUUGUCUGAUCUCCCUGACGGACAUGUAAUUAAGAUGGUUCAACCUGAUAGGACUAACUGCCUAGCCGAAGAGAGUAGCUGCAUAUGGAGAAAUGGGAAAGUUGUCCAAGAAAUGAGUUUAAGAUUGAGAAAUGUUAAGUCUGGUGAAGUACUCGUCGAAAUUGAGUGGAUUGAUGUUCCAAAUUCCAACGGCUUAUCCGCGGUCGAGUUUUAGGUGUCCUUGCCUUCCCUAACUUUUUGCAUUACUACCUGUAUUAUGAUGUUAUAUAGUUAUGUAUCAUCAUAAGCUGAGGUUACUAUUGUAGCUUAUGAAGUGAAAACUAGAAGUUAAGGAGUUGCAGAAAUAUAUAAUUUAGUGAAUUGUAUUGAUGACAUGAUCUUUUCUAACAGCUAGUAAUGAAGUAUUUUAUUAAGAUA